GUUUUAUGUCUGCGUCACAACAAGUCGGUCGAGAAAGAGGCAGGGAUGAUGGCGUCUCUCGCGGGUUGAUUCUCGUGCUGCUCUGACAAACACGCUUAAUAGCAUCAAUAGGUGGAGAAAAGACAGCAAAGGCACGGGAACAUGACGAAACGACGUCGCGGAGGACAGACAGAGAGAGACUGACGGACCGACGCUGUCUCACUGACUGCUUGACUGACAUACGCGCUUGGCACAGACACAUACAUGCACAUCCACUUUGGCACACACGUAGGCUUCACAUCCAACCGGGCACUAAUUGAGACGAGAGGAAAACAGAAGAGAUAAAAUAUUUCAUGUCAAGCCCGCACAGGAAUCGCUGUGACCCCAACGGAGAGGAGUUCGACUUGACAGGUAGCUAUGGCUCUCUGUUCAUCCAACUACACUGUCUAUGUUAAUUGUUAUUGAUCUGAAAAUGCUAUUAUGUAUCAUGUGUCUCUUUGACUUGAGUGUCUGCACUGGAACAAACGCUGGAUGUGCAGAGAUGAUGUCCAUAAGCUACAGUGAUUCCUUUCUAUUCAAGUUUGUAGUUUUAGAUUUUCAAAGAGGAUACAACACACAAGUGCAUGAUAAAGCAAAGUAUAGAGGCGUACAGUGGUGUUACAAUCAAACUACAGUGCAGUCAUCAUGCAGUGGUGUAUGCAUUUGCUCACAUGUGUGGUGUCAUAAUGGUUUGUCCUGCUCUGUGCAUGGGCACUUACCCUCAUCAUUACAUCUGCUGGAUUCUGACUGUGGCUAUGCUGGGUUUGUGAGAAUGUAACCCCUUAUCCACUCCAGCCCAGUGCCUAUGGAACGAUAAGGCCAUAAACCUCUGUCGUCAAUGGCAGCAAAGUAUAAAUCGGAUUUCCAUUUCACAUGAGCCCCCUCCUCUCCCUCUCCCCCUUCUCUCUCUAUCUCUCUCACUCCUCUUCAGGAUGGGGGGAGUAAGUGAAGGGGAUGAUGUGUUAGCUCGAUGGAGUGAUGGACUACUGUACCUUGGCAAUGUGAAAAGAGUAAGUGUGUGUGUGUGUGUGCGCGCGUGCGUGCGUGAGUGCAUUUUAAAAGUAUUCUAUUUAGGUUUGAGUGAACAAUCCCACUCUCUUUCCAUCCCUCUCCUCAGGUAGAUGGAGUCAAGCAGUGUUGUCUGGUGAGAUUUGAGGACAACUCAGAAUUCUGGGUUCUAAGAAAAGACAUUCACUCUUGUAAGACUUACAACUUACACUUGUUUUUCUCAGUUAACACAAAUAAUUUAACAGAGGGUUUUUGGGCACUGCGGAAUUACGUUUGAAUCAAAAGUAUUAUCCCCUAAAAUUAGGAUUAAAAUAUUUAAUACAUAUCUACCCUUUCUAUUGCUAGGGGACUAAUUGAGGGUGCUCCAACUAUUAUCAUAUUUUAAUCAUCUUUAUUUUUUACCUUACCUUGAUUUACCUCAGGGAGUUUACAGAAAUUAAUAAAACGUUUUUAGAUUUUUCUCUCUCAGCUUUGAAAAGUUUGUUCUUAAUUUUAUGCUCUCUCUCCAUUCUGAUCCAUUGUAGUUCAAAAGAAUGUUGCGCAAUUAAGGUCUCUAGUCAAGGUUGAAAUACAACAUUCCCUGGAAAUGUUGGCAAUUCUGAUGGGGGACUUUUAGGUGUAAUUGGUGUAUUAGAGUGUAUUUAUGAAUUUAUUAGUGUAAUGACUCCAUAGGGAAAUGGCGCCCCCACGUAGUUUGUGUAAAGUGAAGGGAAGCACAGCCAAAUAUCCACAUGUCAAAAGGAGUGAAUUCUGAAAGGGUGCGGGGAGACAUUGAAAUCAAUGAACUGGCAAGGAAAUGAAUCAAUAUACAUAAAUUAACACUGUUGAGUGAUCACUCACUUUCUUCCCCUCUCUCUCUGUUACUCACUCCUUUUCUCUCUUGCUUCAGUCUCAGUUGGAGUGGAAGAAGUUUGCUGUAUCUGUGAUGCCCCGCCUCUUAAAGAACCUCUCAUCAAUUGUCUUAAAUGUCGUCACGGUAAGAAAACACAGCAUGUUAUGUACUAUUCAUAGAGGUUUUUUCAAAUAAUAAUUUAUGACAGAUAUUUUUAAGAAAGAAAAAAACAAUGACAUCUAUUUUUUUCUUCAGUUUUCUACCAGAUAAUAUACACUGACUGUACAAAACAUUAGGAACACCUUCCUAAUAUUGAGUUGCACCCCUUUUGCCCUCAGAACAGCCUCAAUUCGUCAGUGCAUGGACUCUACAAGGUGUCGAAAGCGUCCCACGUGGAUGCUGGCCCAUGUUGACUCCAAUGCUUCCCAGAGUUGUAUCAAGUUGGCUGGAUGUCCUUUGGGUGGUGGACCAUUCUUGAUACACACGGGAAACUGUUGAGCGUGAAAAACCCAGCAGCGUUGCAGUUCCUAAUGUUUUGUACACUUCAGUGUAUAAUAUUUCAUGAAAAGAGGCAAGGAAAAGGCCUCCAUCAGUAACAUAUCCUCAGUAUGUGAAUUACAGUAAACACUCUCUCCAUUCCAUAACAGGUUAUCAUCCUGAGUGCCACACUCCGUCCAUUGAGCCGGAAGCUGACAGCAAUUCUUGGAUAUGUCGGCAAUGUGUUUUUGCAGUGGCAACCAAGGUUAGACUGCUAAUCUUUCUGUUUCACGCGCUGCCUCUUGGCUCAGGGAAAAUAUCCAGUUCAGACUUGUAAAUGUUUUUAUCUAUUCGGAGGAAGCAAUUUCAAUACCAGUGUUGUGUUAAACAGUGUUGUCUAUGGUCAAUGGAUAUAUCUGAAGGAAACCACAGAAAUGUUACAACUCUGUAUUAUUGACCAUAGGGAUUAGAUACUCCUCUAUGUUUUGCCUGGACAUCUGACCAGUUAGUCAAUGCAUAUUUUUUUCAAGAUUAUACUGUAUUAUAGUCAUUAUGGUCAGUAAUUCAUGUAUGCUCCAAUUCUGUACUGUAGGUGUUAGAUGAGGGAGCACUGUGGUUAAUGGCUAAUUGUUCAUCGGUCAAUGUCCAUAUCUCAUUGACCUGACUUUUCUCAAGAUAUUAUCUCACUCAGCUGAGCUACAAUAAAAUGAGAUGAAUUGCUUUUUCUGGUUAGUUCCCAUCAAAUGUCAUCUAUCUUGAAUGUACUGACAUGACAGUGAGUGGAGAGGUCGCUGUAGUGAAUCGAUUUGUCAAAAUUGUCUUUCAGAGAGGGGGAGCCAUCAAACGAGGACGGUUUGCCCGGCUCAUGCAAAUCAUGAAACUUCGGCUGCCCUAUCAGCUGUCAUCUUUAGACUGGGACCCACAGCAUCUGACCAACCAGCAGCAGUGCUACUGCUACUGUGCCGGACCUGGAGAGUGAGUGACACUUUAUAGCUUCUAACAGAGUGGAUAAAUUAUGUUAUAACAUUUUAUAAUUAGUGUUUAGCACAUGUAUUGUUCAAUAAGCUAUACUAUUCCUUUUCCUUACCAACAAAAACAAAUUGAAUAUUCAUAUUGGAACCCUUAUGUCCUUUUCACCAUUGUAUAGCUCUACUGUCAAGACAUACAGUGGGGAAAAAAGUAUAUAGUCAGCCACCAAUUGUGCAAGUUCUCCCACUUAAAAAUAUGAGAGAGGCCUGUAAUUUUCAUCAUAGGUACACGUCAACUAUGACAGACAAAAUGAGGGGAAAAAAUCCAGAAAAUCACAUUGUAGGAUUUUUAAUGAAUUUAUUUGCAAAUUAUGGUGGAAAAUAAGUAUUUGGUCACCUACAAACAAGCAAGAUUUCUGGCUCUCACAGACCUGUAACUACUUCUUUAAGAGGCUCCUCUGUCCUCCACUCGUUACCUGUAUUAAUGGCACCUGUUUGAACUUGUUAUCAGAAUAAAAGACACCUGUCCACAACCUCAAACAGUCACACUCCAAACUCCACUAUGGCCAAGACCAAAGAGCUGUCAAAGGACACCAGAAACAAAAUUGUAGACCUGCACCAGGCUGGGAAGACUGAAUCUGCAAUAGGUAAGCAUCUUGGUUUGAAGAAAUCAACUGUGGGAGCAAUUAUUAGGAAAUGGAAGACAUACAAGACCCCUGAUAAUCUCCCUCGAUCUGGGGCUCCACGCAAGAUCUCACCCCGUGGGGUCAAAAUGAUCACAAGAACGGUGAGCAAAAAUCCCAGAACCACACGGGGGGACCUAGUGAAUGACCUGCAGAGAGCUGGGACCAAAGUAACAAAGCCUACCAUCAGUAACACACUACGCCGCCAGGGACUCAAAUCCUGCAGUGCCAGAUGUGUCCCCCUGCUUAAGCCAGUACAUGUCCAGGCCCAUCUGAAGUUUGCUAGAGUGCAUUUGGAUGAUCCAGAAGAGGAUUGGGAGAAUGUCAUAUGGUCAGAUGAAACCAAAAUAUAACUUUUUGGUAAAAACUAAACUCGUCGUGUUUGGAGGACAAAGAAUGCUGAGUUGCAUCCAAAGAACACCAUACCUACUGUGAAGCAUGGGGGUGGAAACAUCAUGCUUUGGGGCUGUUUUUCUGCAAAGGGACCAGGACGACUGAUCCGUGUAAAGGAAAGAAUGAAUGGGGCCAUGUAUCGUGAGAUUUUGAGUGAAAACCUCCUUCCAUCAGCAAGGGCAUUGAAGAUGAAACGUGGCUGGGUCUUUCAGCAUGACAAUGAUCCCAAACACACCGCCCGGGCAACGAAGGAGUGGCUUCGUAAGAAGCAUUUCAAGGUCCUGGAGUGGCCUAGCCAGUCUCUAGAUCUCAACCCCAUAGAAAAUCUUCGGAGGGAGUUGAAAGUCUGUGUUGCCCAGCGACAGCCCCAAAACAUCACUGCUCUAGAGGAGAUCUGCAUGGAGGAAUGGGCCAAAAUACCAGCAACAGUGUGUGAAAACCUUGUGAAGACUUACAGAAAACGUUUGACCUGUGUCAUUGCCAACAAAGGGUAUAUAACAAAGUAUUGAGAAACUUUUGUUAUUGACCAAAUACUUAUUUUCCACCAUAAUUUGCAAAUAAAUUCAUUAAAAAUCCUACAAUGUGAUUUUCUGGAUUUUUUCCCCCUCAUUUUGUCUGUCAUAGUUGACGUGUACCUAUGAUGAAAAUUACAGGCCUCUCUCAUCUUUUUAAGUGGGAGAACUUGCACAAUUGGUGGCUGACUAAAUACUUUUUUUCCCCACUGUAAUGUGUUUUUCAGUUGAGUAUUGCAGCCUCUUUGAAAAAUACAUAAUAUACUCUUGUCAGUUGGCCACCAGAUGUUAGAUAUGUUUUAGGCCAUUGGGGAGUGUGGUUAAUGUUUCUAUUUUCCAACUGCAGGUGGAACUUGAAAAUGUUGCAGUGUGGAAGUUGUGGUCAGUGGUUUCAUGAAGCUUGCACACAGUGUCUGACCAAGCCGUUGUUAUAUGGAGACAGGUGAGACAGAGUAUUGUUAUCUAUAACCUUGUACUGUUUCUUUGAAUUACCAUUGUCAGAUAGGUUAAUAAACCAUAACAGAUAGGUUAUUAAACUGGCAGUGGUAGGGCUAAUGCUGUUAGUGUUAAUUCCUAAUAGCAGCGCAGUUGUUAUUCUGCCUCUCUGGUGUCCAAUGUAAUGUGGUAGAGGUAAAAAUGAAUUCAAAUGAGUCCAGUCCACUACAUUAUUAUUGUCAGAUUAACCAUCUGUAUUAUCCUACUGGUUUAAUGCCCAUGAUAUACUAUUACUCAUUGUUUCUGCAUAGGAAAAUAAUGUUUGAGAUUGAUGGUGAGGUAGAAUGUGGUGGGUUGUUACAUCUGACAAACAGGUGAUGGAAACUGGGAAGAAUUGGCUGACAGUAGCAACCAUGUGCUGUGUUAUGUUUCCAUUGACUUUUAUAUCUAGUCAAUCACAGACAAAAAUAGAAUAAUAGGUUUUCUAUUUCUUUCUGAAAGGUUUUAUGAGUUCCAGUGCUCAGUCUGUGCAAGUGGACCAGAGACAAUUCAACGGCUACCCAUGAGCUGGUAAGGCUAUACAGUAUCUGCUAAGAGAAGAAUACAUCAUUUUAACUGCAGGGAAUAUCACAAUAACACACUCUUGAAAACCAGUUUCUUAUGACAGGUUUAUUGAGUCGUGUGGGUUACAAUAUGUUAAUUCCUCUUACUCAAUAAUGUAAUGAAAAGCUUUGUGAUGUGACUAAUUAUGAACUAACUACGUCUUUUCCUGGUGUAUUUGUUGUAAAUACAGGGUAGAUUUGGCCCAUUUGGUGCUCUACCACCUCUCCUUGUGCUGCAAGAGGAAAUACUUUGAUUUCGACCAUGAAAUCAUGUCGUUUGCCAAUGAGAAUUGGGACUCUUUGCUUCUAGGCUCGGUAUAAAUAUUUCCUCACAUACGUGCUAUGAUGAAAUGAUGUGAAAGUGUUAGCUAGAGUCAUUGGUUAGCAGUCAUGUGGUAAUUAUAUGCACUUGUCAUUGUUAUUUAGCACAUUUUAAAUGGUAAAUAUCAUUUGUAGUUUAUUGUGGCUCUCAGGUACUGCUGUUGCAUUUAAAUCAGUCAUACCCUUUUUUUAAUGAACUGUUCACAAAUCACAUUAGUAACUAACUACAUUAUCCAUGGAAAUGUUUAUCUUUCGCCAAUGAAUGUCAAUGUGUCUCUAAAUGUGUUAACAUUUGUUUCAGGCCACCAUCCAGUGUUAAUAAAACUCUUGAUUUUCAUUCCUCUCUGUCCCCCAGCUCUCUGACACACCAAGACAAGAUCGCUGUCACAAUCUGCUCAACGCUUUGAACUCCAACAAAGACAGGUGAGAGUUCGCAUAUGAUGCGAAGAAUAAACAGAAGCCACAGCUAUGCAUGACCAGAUUUAUGAUAGCGUUGCUUCUGGAAUUGGACAUAAGGGUAAAGAAAAUACAGUUAGUUCAUUGUUUCUUAAUUUUGAUAUGAUCAGUAGAUAAUAAUAAGAAAACACAGACAAUAAUGAUAACUUGUUUUAAAAAAAAUGACUUUACAAAGUUGUUGUCUACAAGUUUUGAAAGUUGUCCUUUUCUUUGUGAUGUCAUCCAGGUUUGUCUCUGGUAAAGAGAUCAAGAAGAAGAAGUGUCUUUUUGGGCUCCAGGUCCGAGCUCCGCCUCCCCUGACCUCUGAUUCGUCCCCCCUCAUCACUGACCCGCCCAUCAACAUCACCCAACGGAGAAGGUCAGAGUAAGGACAACUUCUGUGAUUUUUAUUCUCUGAUCAUCACAAACACAAACCUCCUUAUAUGGAUACAUUCAUUCUAGUAAUUAAUUACACAUUUACAAUAGUGAAAAAGAGUGGCACCUUGUAGACGGUGGUCUUUCCAGCUGAAUAGGAACAACUGUUCCUAACUAAACAAGCACCUGUGUGCCUCAUUAAAUCAUUAUGGGAAGGACACACUUAUUUCACUCUGGUGAAUAUAUUUAUAACUAAUAUUUUGAUCAAUAAAUACAUAAUCUAUAGUGUGUGUGUGCAUACAUGCGUGUACAUGUGCAUGUGGACAUUGAUUAUCUUGCUAAACAUUCUCAACACCAUCUUCUCUUUCAUUCUCUAUAGGCUUAAAAGAACAAACACCACAUUUAUACCCUGACAUAGUUUUCUAAGUAAAAACAUUGCACCACUCCUCAAGUUAUUGACUGUGUCUCUGUGUUGUUGUGUGGAGCAGCCCAUUGUCACUGCCCUGCCAGAGGAGAGCGGUGGGGCCAGAGUCACGCAAAUCAAAGCGGCGCAUCAUGGAGACACAGGUCAGUGCUUCUGUCUCGAACCAGGCAUCAAGGGAGAGAUCAGCCAUCAGCCGCCCCCUCACUGCGUAGCAAAGAGCUGCCUGGCAAUGGAAUGACUUGUCAGUCACAAUCAGUCAGUGUGUGGAGAAAAGGUUCUCAUUUUAGCCAGUGUUGUUGUCUGUUUACAUAUUCUUCAACGCCUAGCCCAGCCUACCCAUCAUACACUAUUGAAUUGAAGCUGGUUUACCGUUUAUGACUCGAUCGAGUAUGACAACAUGUUAUGGUCACGGGUUUAGAAAUAUAUUUUUGACUAUGAAUAGAAAAUACACAUCCUUUUAUACUACUGAUCAGGCUGGCUCCCUUAUCCUGAGACAAUAAAUGUUAUGGAACGGUCGUAUUUCAGCGAGCAGCACUUCCAGCAGACUGUUGUAUCCUGAGCGGACAUUAAUCAUCCUCCAUCUUGGGGCAGGUUGGUUAUCACAGGGAAAGUGCGAGGGGAAGGUACGCUGAUAUGCGGCGUCUGGGAGCGCUUCCAAGUGCACUUUGCAGUCGAUUACAGUUUGGCCAGGUGGCGCUGGCACUUUGACAGUGCAGUAUUGACAGAGCACCUCGAUUUAAAGGGACAGCGUGCUAGUAAGGGGAGGGAAUAAUGCUAGCAUACCACUACUGUAAUUACUGUAUAUGUUGUGGGUCACAGUCCAGCAUUGGAGGGUGAUAGAGCUGAGGGUGUGCUGAGAACUGAGGAAGCAAAGGAUAUAUGGGAUAGAUUACUGAUGUUUUGUUGUUAAGGGAAGCAAGCUCACACUGUAAGAAACGCUACCUCAGUCUCCACAAUAUGAAUCUACUUAUCAUAGUCAGUGGACACCGCUUCAAAUUAAUGGAUUUGGCUAUUUGAGCCACACCCGUUGCUGACAGGUGUAUAAAACCGAGCACACAGCCAUGCAAUCUCCAUAGACAAACAUUGGCAGUAGAAUGACCUUACCGGCCGAGCAGCCGCACACAAGCCUAAGAUCACCAUGUGCAAUGCCAAGCGUCAGAUGGAGUGGUGUAAAGCUCACCGCCAUUGGACUCUGGAACAGUGGAAAAGCAUUCUCUGGAGUUAUGAAUCACGCUUCACCAUCUGGCUGUCCGACGGACAAAUCUGGGUUUGGCGGAUGCCAGGAGAACGCUACCUGCCCGAAUGCAUAGUGCCGACUGUAAAGUUUGGUGGAGGAGGAAUAAUGGUCUGGGGCUGUUUUUCAUGGUUCGGGCAAGGCCCCUUAUUUCCAGUGAAGGGAAAUCUUAACGCUACAGCAUACAAUUACAUUCUAGAUGAUUCUGUGCUUCCAACUUUGUGGCAACAGUUUGGGCAAGGCCCUUUCCUGUAAUGCAGGUUUAAAGCUGUCACGUGAAAAUAAUUAUUUCCUUUUGGAAAGACUAGCCCUCUGUACUAACAAAGUUCAAGCGUUUGCAAUUACAUUACAUUUUUUAAAUGAUAUUUAUCAAAUGAUACUGUAUGUUAGUAGACCUGGGUUUUUAUUUAGAUGUAUUCACAAGCAGUAUGGAUUAUUCUACAAAGGUAGCAUUAAAGGACAUGAACUGAAGUAUCGUGUCUAAUGUGUGAUUGGAUCGACUGAUUUGACGUCAAAACACUAGCUAAUCAGUGUUUCUCCUGUGUCCAGCCUUGUCUGCCCCCGGUCCCAGCCACCCCAAUAGAUCUGGUGCCAUGUUGCCAUGGCUACGUAGGUGGGACUAACCUCUACAACUCCAGGAAGUCGGAAGAGGAGCUGAAUUUGGGGUUGGUACUGUUAUUGUAUUGGUUACACUUGACAUAAUGUAUAACAAGUAAUAAUGCAUUAUACUGCAUUUACAGAGUGUUACCGUUUGUUUUACAUUACAUCCUCAGUGAUUUAGGCUACCCUUAUUAGGCAAUAUGUGGGUGUGGAAAUGCAUGCAUGCAUUGUUGCUUUUUGUCACCGUUUUUUUUUAUCCCUGGUCUUUCCAUAGCUCUCCACCUAAGAGGAUGUUUGCCCUGUAUCACCCAACCUAUAACGGAGCCCCAGCCAUCUCUAGAACCCUGCAUCACUAUAGGUCAGUAUUAACCACAGCUCCUCUUGCUGUCCGGGGACUACCCUCAAUCUAGACAUCUAGAGAGGAAACCAUAGCUGUGCCUGGAUGACAACGGCAAAAAGUAUGAAUCGUGAAAUAUUAAUCUCUCUCUCUCUCUCUCUCUCUCUCUCUCUCUCUCUCUCUCUCUCUCUUGCUCUCUCUCUCUCUUGCUCUCUCUCGCUCGCUUGCUCGCUCUUGCUCUCUUUAGUGCGGAAGACCCUUGUCGAGUGCCGCCCCCUUGCCUCCCCUUCUCCCUGUCAUCGUCCCACCAUCACCACCACCACCACAACAACCACCACCAGCACCAGCCUGGCCAGAAGUUAGAUCCCUGCCCCUCCCUCCUGCUGCGUGACGUCCCUUCCUAUCCGGGUGGCGUGGGGGGAGGGGGCGGGGGGGAUGGGUCAGCUGCCAGGGGCUGGGGGGGCGGGGACGGGGUGAGGAUUUUGGCGAGGCGAGUAACACCAGACGGGAAGGUCCAGUACCUCGUGGAGUGGGGGAACGUGAGCGUGUACUGAGAGAGAGAGAGAGAGAGAGAGAGAGAGAGAGAGAGAGAGAGAGAGAGAGAGAGAGAGAGAGAGAGAGAGAGAGAGAGAGAGAGAGAGAGAGAGAGAGAGAGAGAGAGAGAGAGAGAGAGAGAGAGAGAGAGAGAGAGAGAGAGAGGAGGGGGGAGGAUCAAAACACCAGAGUGCUUGGCAGCAAAGAGGGGAGAUUGGAGAGGGCUUGAGAGAGAGAAAAAUAGAUACAGAUACAAUGACUGUUGUGCAGGUGCCACAGAAAUGUGUGGCAACAUCAAGUACAAGCAAAACAAAAAAGACAAAUCCAGGUUGCUCAAACGAUAUCGCCUCCAUUCUAUAUCAUCACACUACGUGUUACUAUAUCUCCCUCUUUGCUAGUGUUUCCCCUAUAUUUGUACUGUAUACCUUUGGAAUAUGCCUUUGCAUUUAUCAUGUUUACGUUUGAAGAUUGUAUAUACAGUAUUUGAUUAUAGGCAAUUUGUUACGUUACCUUUUGUCAUACUUGAUUUACAUGAUAGUAUGUAAUAGAAAUAUAUUAGUAGGAGCCACAAGAGGGCUUUUGUUUUUAUAGUUAGAUUUAUAUAUUCACAAUAUAUUAUUGAAUGAUUUGAUUUGAUGAUGUGGUUGCAUAGUGCCUAUCUGGAUUGUGCAUCUGCAGAUUGAGAAGUUUACCUGAAUCAAGGGAUCAGGUGAUUGAAAUGUCUGACAUAUAUGAUAACUAUUCUAUAAGGUUUUCUUCCUCAUCCACCAAUUGCAAUUGAAGAGUCACAACAAUAUUGUGUAGGCUUUCACACACAGAAUUAGUGUAAAAUACAUUCCAAACAAAUAUCAAAACAUCUCUUCCAGAUUAGUGAUCAAAAUCUUUGAUCAGAUAGCCAUGGAAAAUGGUUGCUCGUUGAGACAGAUUUGUCUGUCAAUAUAUGUUGAGGGGUGUUUUACAUUCUUUUUGGGAAGACAAGUCAACAUACUAUGGUAUUAUGUGCAGGUGAAACUAUUUGUACUGUUUUCCAUUUUCAGGUCAUAGACAGAGGAGUCAGCUCCUAUCUUCCAGGUUACACUGAGGAUGAGAGAUAGUGUUAACUCUGGCCCACUUCCAAGCUGAUACCUAAGCCCUAGUCUGGACACUAGAUCUGACAAGAUUGGAUAGAUAUGAGCAAUAUGGCUUAAGUUUCAUCCGGCCUAUCAGAGGGCAAGGUGGAGCUUUCAUCAUAUUUCUCUAAUAUCCAAUCCUUUCAGAUGUACCCAAAUGUCUAAGGGGUUAGGGCUAUGGGUGUUUGAUUUGGAAUUGGGCCCCAGAGAUCAUAGUGGAACAGGAGGUUGUGUAUAGAACUCUAGAAUAUCAUAGUGCAAGGUUCAGAGUUUAUAUUUAUACAGAUCUUUAUUUCUGUCUUUUGUGGGAUACAACACAGAUAAGAGUAAAUGUGUGAGUUUUAUCCCCCAGAAGACAGAUUGUGUUACAGGUGUAGUUACAGUAAAUACCUAGAUAAAACAAUAGGCAGUUAAUACUGUUAUAAUCAUGUCAACAGAAAACAUUUUCAGUCAUUUUUUUAAAAACCACAACAAAGUGUCGCCCAUUCCCCAGAUUGAAUGAUGUGAACUAUGCCAUCUGUUACUUAAGCAAUAAGGCCCGAGCGGGUGUGGUAUAUGGAAAAUAUACCACGGCUAAGGGCUGUUCUUACGCACAACCAAACGCUGAGUGCCUGGAUACAGCCCAUAGACGUUGUAUAUUGGCCAUAUACCACAAACCCCAGAGGUGCCUUUUUUGCUAUUAUAAAGUGGUUACCAAUGUAAUUAGAACAGCAAACAAGUAAUUUUGUGUCAUACCCGUAGUAUACGGUCUGAUAUACGACAUCUUUCAGCCAAUCAGCAUUCAGGGCUCGAAUGACCAGGUUUAUAAUAGUGGAUAGAUGAUUGCUCAGCCUGGUCUCAUAGACUAGACGUAACCUAACCCUAACCUUAACCCAGUAACCUAACUUCUAACCCUGACCUUAACCCCUAACCCCUAGCGUAGUUAAAGUUAGCCUCCUAGCUAACUUUAGCAUUAGCCACCUAGAUAAAGUUAGCCACAACAAGUUGGAAUGCGUAACAUAUCAUAUGUUUUGCAAAUUCGUAACAUAUUGUAUAAAUUGCAAUUCGUAACAUAUCAUGCGAAUUGUAAUUCAUAACAUAUGAUACGAAAUGGAUGAUGGACAUCCACAAAUGAAUACAUAUCAUACUAAUUGGAGUGUCACGGAUUUACAUUUACUAUGUUACGUCUACCCCUGAGUCCAGGUUGGAUUGCUAAGGGUUUGGCAUAUUUCUAAACAGCAGUGCAGGUCAAAUGCACCUCCCAACUCAGUCCUUCCCAUCCCAGUUUAGGAUUUAGAUAAUACUCAGUGAAUUUGGCUGUAGUUGAAUAGGAAGAGGUCUCUGGAACCAUCAGUUCGAUGGUAAUGAAUGUAUCUGUAUGUUUUCUAUGGUAAAUUAUGUCUAUAGACCCGUCAAGUGUUCGUUACUGUAGGUUAUAGAUGGAACUAUACAAAAUUACUUCAAAGGACUGGGGUGAAUCUGAUUUUGAGUUGAGGAACAAGAAGCUAAGAGAGUCUCUAUAGUCUUCUCUUUUUUUAUUUGUAGUCAAGUCCAAGUUUGAUUUGAUGUAUUUUUGGACUUUUGGUCAAAUUACGUUUAUACAUGUAUAACCUACGCUGACACAGCUAAUGUAAAAUUUUAAAAAUUAAAAGUUGCCCUUCACAUCUUACCAAUGUGCUUUGAGUGUUUUCUGUCCAUUUCUUGUUUAACUUAAAAUGUGUAUAGGCCUAUUUGUAUUUACAGUAGGCCAGCCAAUAAUAAUAAAUGUUGAAUUGCCCUUCAGGGACAAUGAAGUUAUAUUCUAUUAUUUUCUAUUCUAUUCCAUUUUAUUCUAUUGGUAUAGCAAUAGACUCUACGCACCCCAUUCACAUGCAGGUAUUAUGUGAUGAAUCAAUGGCCCUUCUGCCAGGUAAACAGACUAGCUAGUCCUUAUGGCUCUGUUGCCAAGAAUCUCUUUGCCAUGGCAUGUCAAGAGCAGUUGAUUCAUUGCAGUGACAUUUCAGAUAGCCUAGUGAAUCUUAGAGGGCUAUGAUGAUGCAUACUGCAGUAACUGUACGUUAUCCUGUAUAGAUGGUGUCAUUAUAAUUAGCAGAUCACUAUUGGCCUAUACAUAGGUUGGUUAGGUCGAAAUGUAUAUUCACCAUGAAAGCUUUGGAUGUAAUUCAGUAUAAUGCAUGUACUUACUUACAUUUCCCACUAGGAGGAGGUGUAAAGGAAAGAUUAAAGUGCAUUACCGUUCAGUCUCCAACUGCAGCUGCAAGAGCCAACCGCCAGGUGGUAGCCAUAAUCUAAAUUUGACACGCUACUGUGCAGGC